GCGUAUUAUCAGAACAACAUUGUGACGUUGAUUGGUGUUAAGUAGUUAGUGUGAUGCCAUCUAAAACGGAUCGCUUCUGGAAAGGAUUUCUCUUGUGAAAAAUCAGAAGACCAUGAAUCAAGCUCUGAGAAGAGGAGCUCUUAUUGUCUUUGAGGGAUGUGACCGUGCAGGGAAAACUACUCAGUGUCACAAACUAGUUGAAGUACUUAAAAGAGAAGGACAUAGAGUGGAGUUAAUGAAAUUUCCAGAUCGAUCAACAACCAUAGGACAGAUGAUCAGUCAAUAUUUACAAAAGAAGGUAGAGCUAGAGGACCAUGUCAUUCACCUUCUUUUUGCUGCAAAUCGGUGGGAAGCUGUUAAGAAAAUGGAAAAUCUGCUUCUCAACGGAACAACAUUGGUGGUUGACAGGUAUUCAUUUUCAGGAAUUGCCUUCUCGGCAGCUAAACCACAUAUGGAUUUUGAGUGGUUGAAGCAACCAGAGGUGGGACUCCUUCAACCAGACCUUGUAUUAUUUCUGGAGCUUUCAUCAGAUGUAGCCUCAAAGAGAGGAGAGUUUGGACAGGAGAGGUAUGAGCAACCUCAAUUUCAAAGAAGUGUACGACAGAUCUUUAGAAAGUUACAAGACAAGUCUUGGCAGGUUAUCAAUGCAGAUGGAACGCCAGAAGAAGUACAUCAGGAUAUUUAUGAAAAAGUAAAAAGAAGUAUUGAGUUGGUUAGUUUUCAACAACUAAAGAAAUUUGAUAAGAACCUUGGAAAUGACCAGAACUGUGAGGAUUUGUCUAGUGAUUCAGAGGGAGUUCGCUAAAUACAGAUCUUAGAGACGUUUCAGAAAACUGCUUAAGCCAAGGGUCUGUGUGUGUGUGUGUGGUAACAUGAUUAGAAGAAGGAGAUUGAUAGAAUAAAACUAGCUCUUUAAUGAAGACAAUAUACACCAUUUUUAUUUCUAUUGUUUGAAUUGCUUUAUCUAAAGCAAGCAAGUAUUCUUGAUUAUGACUUGAUCAAUUGUAUUGAUUUUACUGAUUACAGUAAGAAAAAAUAUAUAUAACAUAUCUAAAUGUGUGAAUGAAUAAAGAGUAAAAUGUAUUAAAGUCCAAAAAAAAAUCAACAAAUCUUUAGAUUUUGGAUAGAGCUCCAGAUUAAGUUAUUGUUAUAGAAUAGUAAUGGCUCUAUACUUCUUUGGUAAUUAUUAGUCAUUUAUAAUUUAUAUAUUGAAAAUAUACAUCGUCUUCCAUGAGGAUUUGUUGUUCUGAUUGUUGUUUUUGUACUGAAGUCUGUUUUGAAAUAACAUUGUUGUAAUCAGUGAAUUAUAACAUCUUUUGUAUGAUAUGAAGGAUUGUUAAUUUAUGGUUUGAAAAUGUCAUAUAUGAUGCUUAGGCCAAAAAUAAAAUUUUUUUUGUUUGAUAUAGUCAGCCAACCAACCAAAAAAGGGCAUAGCUAAAAAAAAAGGUUUUUAAAUUACCCCCCCCCCCUUAUAUAUUUUUUUACCUGCCUGGUCAUUUUGCUAUGUAAACAUUUCAUUCUGUAAAGUAUUUAGUUUUUCAAACAUUAUUUGUCAUUUUAGGCUCAUUUUUAAAGUAUUUAUAAAUCAAUAAACAUUUUCAGCAAAACGUAUCGGUUGCUUAUGUGAUUGUUUACACGCUUCAGCAAUACACUUCCAGUAAAUGCGCAAAAGGAUAAGUACAGUGAACAUACCCAUGUGAGCUGUUUCCUGGCAUGCAAAGUUAUGGCAUCACCGUUGUUCCAGAGAAGUAGAACAGACUAGUGUAAUUUGAUAUAAGUUCUUGGAGUGACUCUUGUUUAUUUACAUGCUAUCCAGCCUCCCUGUUAUCACACUUGUAAAUGAUCAGACCAGAUCUUGAACACAUCACAUUGGUAGAUCAGUUUGAAGAAAAUAGCAGUGAGAAGUCUGCACACUUCCUGGCAAGAGAUAGAGUUAGUCACUAGCAUGCUAUUCUGUGUAGGUCAGAUUAUAUAUCUGGUAUGCAUUUAGUUAGAUCAGAUUUCUUUCCAAUAUGACAGGUAAUUACUUGCAAAAGUUUUGUAGUAGGUAAACUAGUUCUCUGUUAAUUCCUAAGUUUCAAGUCUUGUAUACUACUGUUGGUUGUAAUGUACAAGUUCCAUUGUAAAUGCUCAGAUAUGAGAAAGAUGGUGGUAGCUGUAGAACAUGUACCAUCUGCUUAUAUGGUUUUAAGAUUCAUGAAAUCAUGGAACUCAUUAAUUCUAGUUCAAGGAAAUGGCCAUCAGUGAAACAAAAUCAAUAUACAGAUUUUUGUAUUGCUUAUUUAGCAAAAUCUGUUGUUAGUGUGUGUUUUUCUGGUGCCGAGGUGAGGAGUUGAUAUUUCGUUAUUAAGAUCAUUAAAACAUAUUGUGCCAUGAAGACUUGCAAACAUCAUUGGACCAGGGCAGAAAAAUGUAAACCUUGUAACUAGUGAAAACAGGAUAUAAGACUGCCAGUUUCUAUACCAUACAGUUUGUGGUGUGUGUUUUUAAUUUUUUGGCAUUAGAGCAGAAUGGCUUGUGCUUCAUUGGAAAUGUACGAUUAGCACGUCUUCUUUACUUUUGACUGAUUUGGUAGGAAAUCAGUAUUACAUCUAGUCUGAAGCUUUGUCAUUUUGUUAUUCCUUGGCAUUUAAUGACAUGUAUGUAAAUGCACUUUCACAUCUCUGUGUUCUUUUUCAGUAAACAUCUAAAUGUUUGAACUAAAGUGACAUUUACUGUUUGUCACAUCACUUACUGGAAGAAUUACUAACAGAGUCAAGUAUCACUACCUGGAACGCCCAGGGCCCCAUCUAUUGUAGAUUGUUUGUUGGCUAGAAACACACAAACGCAUGCAAUGUCAGAGUGCAGUUAUUCUAGCUUUAAUGUUAAGCAGCAAGUACAUAGUAGAAAAGUGUCAUUAUUACCCAGAAGAUUUUCAGGAUGGAUCACAAACAUACCACACACCAAAUUAUUCGUUAAGAAGGCCAGCAUAGCCACAGUUAAAGUAACUACAUCUACAUUACAUUGUUGCUAAACAAAGGGCUAUUUUAAAAGCCAGGUAGCAUGCCUCUCAUAUUUUUGAUACCGUGUUGGUUGUGGAGGUAAAAAUUAGAAUCUAUAAAUGUUAGAUGAUAAAAUUUGUAGUACUAACUUAUAAUUUGAUGUAAAAGCACUAUGUUUUUAAACUGGAAAUAAAUUAGAUAACAAUGCUGCAAAUCACAAUGCCACUAGAAAUAAUCUGAUCUGACAUGCUGAUUCUUGAGUAGGUCCCCAUUCCUUGAUUUUGAUUCAUAUUUCUACCCAGAUGUGUAUGCAUUAAACUUCUCAACCAUUGAAGAAGUAUUUAUUUAAUAUUGCAAUGAGCUUACAAUUUUUAAUUGUAUUAAGAAAUUUGGAAAAAUUAUUUUAAGAAAAUGCAACAGGGUUUUUCAUCUAUGGAAUAAGUUCAUAGCAAUCAAGUGAUUUUUUUUUUGCAUUUAAGCUUAGAGAAUGCAUCUUUUGUGACUUCUUUAUUAAAAAGAUUCUAGGGGACAUGCCCCCAGACCUUUCCUAGAGAGACUUCAUGCCUUUGGCAAUUGUGACUGCUGGCAACCCAAAGGAAAAAAAAAACCUACCUACCUAUACCUCAGAGGGGUGAGUAGACAACAUCAAACAAACAAUUUUUUAAGCUUGGCCUUAAUGGAGUCUCACUGUAAUGAGAUGUUUUUUUUAUAUAGUGUAGUCUGGUUAUAGUUUUUAAGUUGUAUAAAUGUUUUAGUGUUUACAAAAAAAAAAUUGUGCAUGAUUUGAUAUUUGGUCAAAACAUCAAAUUAGAAUGGAUUCUGUGCAGCACCAAAGUGUGUAUUGAUGUUACAGAUAACAUACAUGCACACACUUUUAUUGUAGCACACCUGCUUGAUUUAAUAUAUCACCUAAUCAGCAUAUGUAAGAUUUUAAUGUUAAUUCACUUAUUAGAUUUUUAGUGUAUCAACUGCGGUUUGUACUUAAACUGGUUCCUACGCAGAGAUGAACUCUGGGUUGGCUAAUUUAGUUUAUAUAUCUCUCAUAUACAGCUUAGCUUAUAAUGUUAUUCCUAAAGAAGCACAUUCUCUUUACAGAAUACAUUGUGUAUUGAUGUUGUUUUAAUCAGACUUUGUACAGAUCCUGAAAAAACAGCUGUUUUUUAUGUCAUUGUCCUGGGUAAAUUCUGAAAUUUCAACUUCAAUAAAGAAAUCCCCCGUGAAAUACUUAGUCUAAUUAUUAAAAAAAAUUACAGACAAAAAACAUUGGUUUAUCAGAAGCAGAGUUGAUUUAUAUUUCACAUCAGCCAUUGUUAAAUUCAUGUACCCACUGGUGGGCACCUUUGAUGAAAAGAAUUCCAGGAAAAUACUAGUUCAAUCGUGUGUGACAAGUUUUGAGAAUCCUAGAAAUUUAAGUAUGACUCUCAGAAAGUCCUAUAAUUUUCUUUUGUAAAGUUUUUUUAUGAAUCCUUUAUAAUCACUCAACAAGAUAAUUCCUGCUAAAUACAUGCACUACUUUAAUGUUGCUUGAAUAAAUAUAUAUUUUGCUUAAUACAUGUAACUACAUUUAAAUAUAGGAAAACAGAGGACCUGUUAGUCUCUCUAGGCCAUCCCAGCCACUAUACUAAACUGUAAAAUAAAGUUAUAAAA